GAACAAGUCAAAUAUUAUAACCCUAGUGAUAUGUUUCUUCAACAGCAUUGUCUCUUCCUUUGUUUCUCUCACUCACUCACUCACCCACUCUCUCCACUUUCCUUAUAUCUACCUUACAUAGCCCCCACAAUUUACUAACUAGGGUUUUGCACUUAUAGAAAAUAAUCACUUUUUCAAAUGAGUUCAAGUUUAAGCGGAGGAUCCAAUUCAUUAAAUUUCAAUGUUGCUAUCAAAAAAUCCUCUUCCUCCACAUUAACUUCCCUUAAUUCCUCUUCUAAUUCACCUUCAUCAACAUUAACAAUCUCCGAACCUAGCAAUAACAUAACCCAAAGCGCUAUCCGAACCAAAAGACCCCGAACCAAUCGAAAGAGACCUAACCAAACCUACAACGAAGCCGCUGAGUUACUCUCCAAAGCGUAUCCGAACCUGUUUCGUAACCUAAAAAAUCUACCACCGCCGUGCAAAUUCACCAAAGCUGUUGUAACGGAGUGUUGUGGCGAUGAUUUCUUUGAACCGUUGUUGUUGCCGUUUGAUUUUAGAGGAAGUGAUUAUGAUGAUGUGAAUGAUUUUUUGCUUGAAAGGAAAAGUGAUUCUCAAACGCGGUUUUCCAGUGUUUGUGAGAAAGAGAAAGAGGAAGAGGUUUCUGGAGUGGUGAAUUCGGAUGAUGUGGUGGAACGUGAUUCUGGAGAGGAAUUUGAUUGUAAAUUCAUUCUGGAAGAUGAGAUUGAGGAAGGGAUUGAUAGUAUCAUCGGGAGUACGGUUGAAAACUACUCCGGAAAUAGCGUCGGAGAAGGAGGAUUCUGUUACGGCGGCGGAGAAAGAGUGAAUCCGUGGUUUGGGCGUUUUGGCGGGAAAAUCGGUGUGAUGAAGGCUCUACGCCACGUAGGCGAUGUCAACUUGUUGAAUAUUGCGAUGGUUGAUGUUCUUGAAAUCUCGCCGGGAUUGAAGAAGAAGCCGGCGGCGGUGAUUUCUAUGCCGGCGGCGGAGAAAAAGAAGCAAAGGAAGAAAGAAAACGUGGAGAAGAGAAAUUCGAGUUUGGCUUUGCCUCUGCGGUUGAAACUGAACUACGCGGAUGUUAGGAAUUUGUGGUCGGAACGGGGUUUGCCGUUUCGCCGGUGAUUUCUACGGUUGUGACUGUGCCGGAAUAUGACGUCAUUGUUCUUUGGUACUCGGCAGAACAAUGAACUAUUUACUACUAUUAUUUUUUUUUUUCGUAUUAUUUUUUUUUUUUUGGUGCUAGUAUAGUUUUAGUAGUGUUUUGAGGUUGUUAGUAGCAUUUUAUUAAGUGCAAUUCUCAAAAAGUGAUUAGAGUCAAUAUUCCUGAUUUAUGUGUGUUUCAUGGUUUCAAAUAGGCAUGGAUCAUGAAUGAACUCAACAUACUUGAAGAAGUAAACCUAAUCUACCUGGGUGCUGUGUAUAAGAUCCUUUUUUUGUGCAUGUUUAUAUUUGUGCUUCUUUUAAUA